AUGCCCCGUUUCUCUCCGUUCCCUCCCACCAACCCCUUUCAAAAUCACUUGGCGUACAAAAAGGACCCGAGCAACCUUCCCAGCGAUGCCAUGCUGCCUCCUGCUGCUUCUUUCGGUAUCUUCGUUUCCCCUUGCCUUUCAGUCACCUGCCCUUUGCUGUCCCUUCCGCCCCAUCUUCCCCCACCCCCUUCAGAACCACAAGAAGGAUCUCGGGAACUUCUUUCCCAGCUGCCCCCUGCUGCCAUCUUUGCUCCUCUUUCUCUCCCCUUAUCCUUUCUGCACACUGCUUGCGUGGCCACUGUUUCGUUCCCUUACCUUACACCCUCCUUUACUCUUACCCUCCCCCGUUUACUAACCCCUCUCCUUACCCUUAACCCCCCUCUUUCACUUACCCCUUCCCCUUCACCCCUUUGCUACCCCCUUUCCCUUCCCUUUACCCCUCCCGUUAUCCACUUCCCCUUUCCCCACCCCCUCCUCCGUUCUUCAACUCCCUUCCCUUUCCCCUUCGCUUUCAACCUCCCUCUCCCCUUACCCCAUUCCCCUUCGCUCCCCUUCCCUUUUUCUGUAUCCCACCCCUCCCCCUCCCUUUACACUCUCCCAUUAAGCUUACCCUCUACUCCUAUCACUCCCCCUCAUCUUAAACCAUCCCUUCCCUUUUUCCUCCUUCCUUUUUCCUCUUCCUCUCCCUUUUCCUCCUUCCUCUCCUUUUUUCCCCUUCCUCUCCCUUUACCCUCGUCAUCUCACUUUACCCUUUUCCCUCUUCCUUUACCCCCUUCCCUCCUUUUCCCCUUUCCCUCCCUUCUUCCCCUUCCCUCCCUGCAACCCCUCCCCUUCAUUUACACUCCUCCCUUCAAUUAA